GUAUGGUGUUUUUCUACCCACCAGUUUUGAAAAAGUUAAUUACAUUUGGCAAUUCCCCAUUCCCUUAUAGUGAGGGGUCUCAGGAGCUGGCUCCUACACAUAAAGGGGCUUAGAAGAGUGGCUGGCACCUAGGCCACCAAUAGACUUUUGCCCCACCCAACCGGUGACACAGCCCGGGGCCCCUCCGCCCCCUGGCGGCCAUUACGGAUUUCCGCCUCCCUCACAGAAGGCAGCCGCUGCAACGUGCGUGGCCUCAGUUGCGUCACAUCCGGCCCUUGCGAUCAGGGCUUGAGGAACCCGCGCCAUGAAGUGCGUGUUCGUUACCGUAGGGACCACCAGCUUUGACGACCUCAUUGCGUGUGUGUCGGCGCCCGACAGUCUGCAAGUGAGUGAGGGAGGCGAGCAGGCGGCGGCUUGGCUCGCCACCCGCCGUCUCCGGCCUUACUAAGCCAGCCGCGGUAGCCUUGCCUGACCGUCACGCUCGGAAAGAAACCCCCGCAACUCUACCACAGAAAAUCGAGAGCCUCGGUUACAACCGACUUAUCCUGCAAAUUGGUAGAGGAACGGUGGUACCGGAACCCUUCAGUACUGAGUCGUUUACUCUGGAUGUUUACAGGUACAAGGAUUCCUUGAAAGAAGACAUACAGAAAGCAGAUCUUGUUAUUAGUCACGCAGGUGCAGGAAGCUGUUUGGAGGCUCUGGAAAAAGGAAAACCACUCGUAGUGGUCAUAAACGAAAAGUUGAUGAACAAUCAUCAGCUGGAACUGGCAAAGCAGCUACACAAAGAGGGUCAUCUCUUUUAUUGUACCUGCAGGGUCCUGACUUGUCCUGGGCAAGCCAAGUCCAUUGCUUCUGCUCCUGGAAAGUGCCAAGAUUCUGCAGCGCUGACUUCAACUGCCUUCUCAGGCCUAGACUUUGGGCUGCUUUUCGGAUACCUGCAUAAGCAAGCCCUUGUUACUGCUACCCAUCCUACCUGCACCCUGCUUUUUCCCUCUUGCCACACUUUUUUUCCUCUCCCUCUCACCCCCACCCUGUACAAAAUGCAUAAAGGAUGGAAAAACUACUGCAGCCAGAAGUCUUUGAAUGAGGCAUCAAUGGAUGAAUAUUUAGGCAGCUUAGGGCUGUUUCGAAAGCUGACUGCCAAGGAUGCCUCUUGCCUCUUUCGGGCUAUUUCGGAGCAGUUGUUUUGCAGCCAGGUCCAUCAUUUGGAAAUCAGGAAGGCUUGUGUCUCAUAUAUGAGGGAAAAUCAACAAACUUUUGAGUCUUAUGUGGAGGGAUCUUUUGAGAAAUACCUGGAACGGUUGGGAGAUCCCAAGGAAAGUGCUGGCCAGCUGGAAAUAAGAGCUCUUUCUCUAAUUUAUAAUCGGGAUUUCAUUCUUUAUCGCUUUCCUGGAAAACCUCCAACUUAUGUCACAGAUAAUGGCUAUGAAGACAAGAUUCUACUCUGCUAUUCAAAUAGUGGUCACUACGAUUCUGUGUACUCAAAACAAUUUCAGUCAAGUGCAGCUGUUUGUCAGGCUGUAUUGUAUGAAAUUCUCUAUAAAGAUGUGUUUGUUGUGGAUGAAGAAGAGUUGAAAACUGCGAUUAAAUUGUUUCGAAGUGGUUCUAAGAAGAACAGAAAUAAUGCUGUGACUGGAAGUGAGGAUGCCCAUACUGAUUACAAGAGUUCAAAUCAGAAUAGGAUGGAAGAGUGGGGUGCCGGCUACAAUGCUGAAAAUAUACCAGAGAGCUACAAUAAAGGAACAGAAGAAACAAAGUCUCCAGAAAAUCCAUCAAAGAUGCCCUUCCCCUAUAAGGUGCUUAAAGCCCUGGAUCCGGAAAUCUAUCGUAAUGUAGAGUUUGAUGUUUGGUUGGACAGCAGAAAAGAACUUCAAAAAUCUGAUUACAUGGAGUAUGCUGGGAGACAGUACUAUUUGGGAGACAAGUGUCAGGUUUGCUUGGAAUCAGAUGGAAGAUAUUAUAAUGCUCAUAUCCAGGAAGUUGGAAAUGAGAACAAUUCAGUAACAGUCUUCAUUGAAGAAUUGGCAGAAAAGCAUGUUGUUCCACUGGCUAACUUAAAACCAGUUACCCAAGUGAUGCCUGUUCCUGCCUGGAAUGCUAUGCCCAGUCGGAAAGGAAGAGGUUAUCAGAAAAUGCCUGGGGGAUAUGUCCCAGAAAUAGUUAUAUCAGAGAUGGACAUAAAGCAACAGAAGAAGAUGUUCAAGAAAAUUCGAGGAAAAGAAGUUUACAUGACUAUGGCUUAUGGCAAGGGAGAACCCCUCCUCCCACCCAGGCUACAACACAGUAUGCAUUAUGGGCAUGAUCCUCCAAUGCACUACUCACAGACAGCUGGCAAUGUUAUGUCUAAUGAACAUUUUCAUCCUCAACAUCCAUCUCCGAGACAAGGUCGGGGAUAUGGGAUGCCCAGGAAUUCAUCUCGGUUUAUAAACAGGCACAACAUGCCGGGCCCUAAAGUUGAUUUUUACCCAGGCCCAGGUAAAAGGUGCUGCCAGAGCUAUGAUAACUUCUCUUAUAGAUCUCGUUCAUUUAGACGUAGUCACCGCCAGAUGAGUUGUAUGAACAAGGAGUCCCAGUAUGGAUUUGCCCCAGGGAAUGGACAGAUGCCCAGGGGCUUAGAAGAAACUAUUACUUUUUAUGAAGUUGAAGAAGGGGAUGAGACUGCUUAUCCAGCUUUACCUAAUCAUGGAGGUCCCUCUACAAUGGUUCCUGCUACUUCAGGAUACUGUGUUGGAAGGCGGGGACAUAGCUCAGGCAAACAGACUUUGAAUUUAGAGGAGGGCAAUGGCCAGAGUGAAAAUGGGGGAUAUCAUGAAGAAUAUCUUUAUCGUGCAGAGCCAGACUAUGAAACUUCAGGUGUUUAUAGCACAACUGCAUCUACAGCAAACUUGUCUCUUCAGGACAGAAAAUCAUGUUCUAUGUCUCCUCAGGACACAGUUACCUCGUACAACUACCCCCAGAAGGUGAUGGGAAAUAUGGCAGCAGUUGCAGCUUCCUGUGCCAAUAAUGUUCCAGCUCCAGUCUUAUCUAAUGGUGCAGCAGCUAAUCAAGCUGUUAGUACUACUUCAGUUUCCUCACAGAAUGCUAUACAGCCUCUAUUUGUAUCUCCACCUACACAUGGCAGGCCAGAUACAAAAGUUUUGCAGUACUAUUUCAAUCUAGGAUUACAGUGCUAUUACCACAACUACUGGCACUCCAUGGUCUAUGUGCCACAGAUGCAGCAGCAGCUUCAUGUAGAGAAUUAUCCAGUCUAUACUGAGCCACCUCUGGUAGAUCCAACCAUUCCUCAAUUUUACAGUGAGGUGAGGAGAGAAGAUGGCACACAGGCGGAAGCAUCAGCAAAUGAUACUUUUCCGAAUGCUGAUCCUUCAUCUGUCCCUCAUGGAGCAGUCUAUUAUCCAGUAAUGUCAGAUCCCUAUGGGCAGCCACCUUUGCCAGGUUUUGACUCCUGCCUCCCAGUUGUGCCAGAUUAUUCCUGUGUUCCCCCCUGGCAUCCAGUUGGUACAGCAUAUGGUGGUUCUUCUCAAAUUCAUGGUGCUAUAAAUCCUGGGCCAAUUGGCUAUCUUGCUCCAUCUCCCCCAGCUUCUCACUAUGUACCUCAGGGUAUGUAAGAUCCAGCAGUAUGAAGUAUUCUUGCACUGCCAUUUUUCUUGCUGUUUUUGUUUUUAGAAAGUUUUUUAUGUUAGUGGUUAAAUGAUUUAGGUGAUUAGUGUUUACUAUUGUAUUUGUCUUUAAAAUUAUUUUACCUUUUGAUUUAAAAUAGUACUUUAAAGGGAUAUUAUUUUGGGCUGUGACUAAGGAAAUUGAGAUGGAUGUACAACUAGCCCCAUAUUGAGCAUACUUCAUUGUAUUCAGCUGUUUUCCUGUCAGCCAUUUGUCAGCUUUAUAUUAGCUGAUGGUACCAAUUGAUAAAAUGAAUAUAAAGUAUUUCAUUGGUUCAGAGAUCACACAUCAUAUUAAACCAUGCAGAAUUGGAAUAACUUGAACUUUUUUCUAGAAAGUAAAACCAAGAGCCUUUGCUUCUGGGUAACUCACUUAAUAUUAAAUUAAAGAGCUCUUCAGGUUUCUUGAGAAUUGUCUGAAGCCAGUUGCAUUCUGUGAUAUCAGUUUUGAAGGCACAUGGUUCUCUGCUUUAGAUUUAUCCCAUACGCUAUUGUUUAAUACUGGAUGUAUGUAAGUGUUUUACUGCACUGUAUUGAAUUGGUGUCUUUUGCACAGUUAGCAGUAAAUAAAAAAUAGCAUUUAAAAUUGCCAAAA